AUGAAAUCAGCAGCACUUUUCACUGGCCUCUUGGUCUCAUCCAGCCGAUACGCUACGGCCCAAAGCACUUCGAGCUUCGACUGGACGAAGCUCAGGCCCUCCGCAUCACUGGAGUAUUCUGAGUGCUAUGGCUCUUUUAAGUGUGCUAAGCUGGGUGUUCCUAUGGACUGGCUUAGCAACUCGACUCACAAUGCGACCGAAGUCUCCUUGGCCGUUAUUGCGCUUCCAGCUACGGUCCCCGAGGACGAUCCCUCCUUUGGUGGCACCAUCAUCGUUAAUCCCGGUGGUCCUGGCGGAUCUGGAGUAGAGUUUGUGCUCGAGGCUGGCGAGCUUAUUCAGGGUGUUGCUGAUGGAAACAAGCAUUAUGAAAUCCUGUCCUUCGAUCCCCGGGGUGUUGGAUACUCGGAGCCCAAGGCGGACUGUUACAAUGAUGAGCUCGCCCGAGAUGUCACCGCACUCUCGUUCCGUGGCAUGGGUCCCUUGAGUGGUGGUGAAAGCGUCGUUAGACGCCAGGCCGCUCUACUCAGCGCAUAUGGAAGUCUCUGCGAGGGUGAAAAGAUUCACAAGUUCAUGUCUACAGCUAGCGUUGCGCGAGACAUGGUCCAGAUCGUAGACAAGAUCGAUGAGCUACGUAGCAGCAACGGAACUUCCAGCACCAAGUUACGUACGCGUGGCGGUCCGCGACGAAUGCAAUCGCGUCAGGAGAAAGACCUCCCCCGUAUCCAGUACUGGGGCUUCUCUUACGGUACGGUUCUCGGAAACUAUUUCGCCUCUAUGUUCCCUGGCCGUGUUGAUCGCAUGAUCCUCGAGGGAGUUGUGGAUAUCCAUGAUUACAACGAAGCCUCAUGGUCUAAGAACCUUCAAGACACUCAGAAGGACUACGACCAGCUUUUCAUCAAUUGCUUCGAAGUUGGUUCUCACUGCGCCCUUUACAAGCAAGGUGACUCGGGUCCUAGCGAUAUCCGCGCCCGUGUCGAUGCUUUCCUGAAGCAACUCGACGAGUCCCCGGCUCAAAUCGUGACGAACAGUAGCAUCGAGGAGAUCACCCGGGCUGACGUCAUCGCCAUCAUCUUCCAGUCUCUGUACCAGCCCCAGGAGUACUUUUCCCAAGCUGCCACGAGCAUAGCCAAAGGAAUGGAAGGUGACUUCAGCAUUGUGUACGCUACCCUCGGCACCCCUAAAUCGGCUGAGUACUGUCCCACGACUAUCCCGAAGACGUACACUUGGACUCAGGACGCAGAGAUCGCCGUCGGGUGCGGGGACGCGGAGUCAGCAAAUGGUCAAACCAUCCCCGAGUUCCAGUCCUACCUCACCGACAUCCAAGAGCAAUCCCCCGACUUUGGUGCAGCCUGGGCCCAGCUCCGCCUCGCGUGCAGGGGCUGGCGCGUGCGCCCCAAGUACCGCUUCACAGGACCCUUCACAACUCCGGCCGCGGACCCGAGCGGCGCCCCCGGCAAGCCCAAAGCGCCGAUACUAUUCGUAUCUAGCCAGUACGACCCGGUGACUCCGUACGCCAACGCCGUCGCCAUGGCGAAGGAGCACACCGGCGCGCGCGUCUUGUUGCAGGAGAGCCCCGGCCACGCCACGCUAUUCUCGCCUGGGAAGUGUCGCGAGGACUACGUUAAAAAGUACUUCGAGACCGGGGAGCUGCCGCCCGAGGGCACGGUCUGCCAGCCCGACUGCAAACCCUUCCGGGACUGCCCCUCGGCUCCUAAUAUCAAGCGGAGCGUGGGCCUUGCGGCGGAGAAGAGCUUCCCUCCGCCGAACCGCGGGCCUUUGGGAAUCACUUGGUAG